CAGCGGCCGGCGGCGGGCGCCCUGCGGCUGCGGGAGGUGCUGUCGCAGCUCAGCCUGGACCGGCAGGACGUGUCGGAGGCGUCGAGGCUGGUGAACCAGGUGGUCACGCAGCUCCUGCAGGCUAUCCGCAGCAGGGAGGGCAGCUUCGGCUCCCUCGAGAGGUUCAGCGCCGGCAGCUACUACGAGCACGUCAAGAUAUCUGAACCAAAUGAGUUUGACAUCAUGCUUACAAUGCCUGUUACACGACUUCAGCUUGAUGAGUGCGAUGGCACUGGAGCGUUUUAUUAUCUAACAUUCAAAAGAAAUCCAAAAGAAAAGUAUUUGAGUAAGUUUUUAGAUGAAGAUGGAAAGUUAUCAGCCUUAAAAAUGCUUGAAGCACUAAGAAAAAUUAUUAAAGAAGAAGUAAAAAACAUAAAAAAUACGGAAGUAACCGUGACAAGAAAAAAGGCUGGAAGCCCUGCAAUAACACUUCAGAUCAAAAAGCCUCCAGCAGAAAUCUCAGUGGACAUCAUCUUGGCUUUAGAAGUUCAGCACAGCUGGCCUCCUAGCACAAAGAAUGGCCUUCCUAUUGAACAAUGGCUAGGAAGAAAAGUCAGGAGAGACUUCAGAAAUGAAAAGCUUUAUUUAGUAGCCAAACAAAACAAAGAAGAAAAAGUGUUAAGAGGAAACACUUGGCGACUGUCUUUUUCACAUAUUGAAAAGCAAAUUAUGACAAACCACGGCAGCACAAAGACAUGUUGUGAAUCUGAUGGAGUAAAAUGUUGUAGGAAAGAUUGUCUUAAACUUUUGAAGUAUCUGCUAGAGCAACUUAAAACAAAACAUAAAAAACAGUUGGAAAAAAUCUGUUCGUAUCACGUCAAAACUGCGUUUUUCCACUCAUGCGUCAUUUGGCCACAUGAUGAAGAUUGGCAGUGGGCAGACCUGGAUUGCUGCUUUCAUCAAUAUCUGAAGUAUUUUCUGGAUUGCCUGCAAAAUUCUCAACUUCCACACUUUUUUAUCCCUCAGUACAAUUUACUCGGCAUGAAUGAUAAAGCAAGCAAUGACUUCCUUUCAAGGGAAAUAAACUAUCAGAUUAACAACAGAUUCCCAAUAUUUCAGAAGGACAAUUAAAAACAUUAUUUACAAUAUCUACAUGAAAUCCCUGACAAAUCUGCCUAUUUAAAAAUAGAUGACUACCAGCAUAAGUUAUUUCUGAAUAGUCUGGUAAUAUGGAAAACAGUAACAAUCAAGAACAGUAAAUUGCGUAUUUCAAUCACACUAUUUGGCCAUAACUCUUAGAAGAAACACUAUGUUUUAAGCGCUACUUUAUCUUCCAUGUCCAAAUUAAGAUAUCACCUGCAAAAUAUCUUCAGGGUACACUAAAGUGUACAGAACUUGCAAGAAAAAAUUUGCUAGGUGCAUUUUCUAUAAUUUCAAAUAUUAAGGCACUAGUGAUAUGGUAACCGAAGUAAAGAACAACAGUUCUAUUUUAAAUGAAAAUUCACUGCAGAAUAUGCAAAGUACUCUUUUACUUAAAAAAAAAAAAAAGCUGGAUUGUAAGAGUCAUUAUAAUUACUUUUACAUAAAACAGAACUUCAGUGUCAAGAAGGUAGAGGAAAGCUGUAACAACAUGUGGAACGUGAGAGCAUCUGUUUCAUUAAAGGUUUCAGAUCAAGGAUUUCUUCAGUUCAAGGGGAGUCAAUGAGCAUCAACGAAAGCGAUAAACAAAACACACACACAACCCCCAGAAGGGAUUACUGGGGCAAAGACCAAGACCUAAAGCCUCCAGUCAUUAACUGAUGGGCCAUUAGAAGAGUACAGAUGUAAGUGGAGAGGAUCCACCUGGACUUUUUAACUGAUAAGGGGAAGACAAGACAAAUGUAAGGAUUUGGGAUACCUGAGGGGGCUUGUGGCCCUAUACAAAAUUUACUAAGAAACGUUUAGGAGAAGGUCCAAAUAUAUAUAUAAAGGUCCAAAUGUGUGUAAGCAGUUUGCAGACAGCAGCCUUGCUUGGUCACUGCAGUCUGUCUAUUUUCUUAUUAAAUCCCUUCUUAACUAUC